CCCCCCAAAAAAAACCCUAUAUUUGACACUUUUGUCAUCUCUCUCUCUCUCUCACACACAGAGGGUAUGGCGGUGGAUUGUUGCGGUAGGUUGGAGAUUCGUGAGUUCGUGCACGGAGAGACCCCGCUAAAGAAGCGUUGUGAAUGUCUUCAAUCCGACGACGAGUUAGUCCCGAGUUUCCCUGCUCUUGUUGCCCGAUUGUGGUCUAGUGAUGGUGAUUCGCAGCUCGAGGCAACUACUCAGUUUAGGAAAUUACUUUCGACAGUCGGAACUCCUCCCAAUGUGGAAAUUCCAUCCGGAGUUGUCCGUCAUUUUGUCUAUUUUCUUACACAGGAUAACCACCAGCGCCUCCAGUUCGAGGCUGCAUGGGCUCUCACCAAUAUUGCUUUUGAGUCCUCUGAAAAUACAAUUAUGGUAAUUGAACAAGGGGCUCUCCCUAACCUUAUCAGGCUUCUUCAUUCUCCAAGUGAUACUGUGCGGGAGCAGGCUGUUUGGGUGUUGGGCAAUCUGGCUGGCGACUCUCCUAAUUCUCGUGACCUUGUCCUUGCUGCUGGUGCUUUGCUGCCACUGCUGGCUCUGUUAAACGGCAAUGAAAAACAUUCGAUGCUAGGAGUAGCCACCUGGACAUUGUUAAAUUUCUGCCGUGGCAAGCCACGACCUCCCUUUCACCAGAUUAGGCCAGCACUUCCUGCCCUUUUGCGCCUUGUUCAUUCUACAGACGUGGCGAUCCUCACAGAUGCAUGCUUGGCACUAUCACAUCUUUCUGAUGGGUCUUGUGAAAUAAUUCAAGCUGUAAUUGAAGCAGGCUUCUGUCCACAUCUAGUUCACCUACUUGGUCAUUUUUCUCCAUGGGUUCUUAUUCCAGCACUUAGAACUGUAGGAAACAUUGCAGCAGGGGGUGCUGUCCAGACCCAGUGUAUUAUUGAACAUAGUGUUCUCCCAAGCCUUCUUAACUUGUUGAUGAUCCAAGAUCAUAUGACGGAUGUGAAGAAGGAGGCUUGCCGUACAGUUUCAAACAUUGCUGCUGGAAACAAGGAAAAUUUACAGGAAAUCUUCAAGGUUGGGUUAUUUGUUCCUCUACUAAAUCUGUGUCAAAAUGCUGAGUUCGAUGUAAAGAAAGAGGCAGUAUGUGCUAUUUCAAAUGCAACUUCUGGUGGUAGCGAAGCUCAAAUCAGGUACCUGGUGCGUCAGAAUUGCAUCAAGCCUUUGUGUGAUUUACUAGACUGCCCUGAAUCUAGGAUUGUUACUGCGUGUUUGGAAGGACUGGCGAAUAUCUUAGAGGUAGGAGAAGCUGAAAAGAAUUUGAAGAGGAACGUUAACUAUUAUGCUCAGCUAAUCGAUGAGGCUAAGGGACUCGGGAAAAUAAAGAACUUGCAGAAUUACGACAACAAUGAAAUUCGCGAGAAGGCUGUUGAGAUUGUUGAGACGUACUGGUUACGAUACAGUGAUGGGACUUGGAGUAGGUUCAGCUUCUCGAAAGCUGGUGGCCACAUACUUCAGAGCACACUUCAGAGCAAAUUAAAAUCUCUGAUGGUAGAUGAUCUGGUGAUGAUAAAUGAGUGAAUUCUAGGAUGUGGUGUUCAUUUGUUUCAGUACUUUGAAUUUGAAAUGUGCAUUCUGUUGUUUUGUCAGGAUUGUGAGGAUUGUCUGCAUUCAUGUGAAAGCUGAUGCCUAAAGUUUAUGCUCCCGAAAAUAUAUAUUUAAUGUUCGGUUUCUUUUA